AUGGCGGACAGCUUGGUCAUGGACGCUCUUCUAGUCCUAAGCAGCGCUCAAACAACACAAACCCGAGACCCGUUGGAAGAGCGUGAAGUAUUGCGGCUCCGGCAGCGCGCUUUGGUCGGGGUCCGGACCCUCCUCUCUGAAAACGCUGCAGCUCCUGGCUCAAAAGCCUCGCACUCGACGGGCGCGAUUACCAUUCACGCGAUCCAUCACCUGGCUCCGAGAACGGUUCUCACACUGCUCACUACCGCCGUCAUGUUUCUCCUCUUCGACAAGAUCUCCGGCGAAACCACCUGGAAACCGCACAUCGACUUCCUCGGCCAACUGUGCGAGCACUUCUUCCAUCAAUUCGAUCCAACAGCUGCAGAUGGGCAAGCAUUCCAAUUCCUGUACUACAUUUUUCUCUACAACGACCUCGUCCGCGCCACCUCCUUGCGCACGCCGACCGUCUCCACGAUCCACGAUGCAUCACCAUCCGCGCCACUCCGUCGCACCUCACGCUUUUACUUCCGCAACCUCAUCGCCCGGAUCAGCAGCGGCGACCUCAGCGUCAGCGAAACCGACAUCGAAGCCUGGGACGGCAACAUGCACUGGCUGCCAAGCUACUCGCUCACAGCCACCACGCCUGCCGACGAUAUCGUUGAGCCAACCGAGCGAGCCUCUUUCACCCAGCUCUACAAGAUGGCCGCGCGAAUCCACCUCUAUGAGCGUCGCUCCAUCACCCUCGCCAGCCAGGGCGCAGCUAAUGCCAUCGAACCAAACAUCUCCGUCUUCCUCUCCAACCACAGCGCAGAUCCACCCAAAAUAGCUCCCCUGGCUGCCCAAGCAAUCUCCCUCCUGCACGCAAUACCCGCCGGCUCCCCCUUCGACAACGCCCUCCUGUGGCCCAUCGGCAUCGCGGCGCGACACCUCGACGCCUCGCAGCCCCUCGAGCGUGGCGCGGUGCUGCAUCGCCUGCAGGAUCUGGAGAGGCGGUUUGGCAUGCGACACUUCCUGCGUGUGCGUGAGGUGUUGGCUGAGGAGUGGUUCGUGAGGGAUGCGGGGGUUGGGGUUGGCCGGAGGGUAUGGAGGGGGAUGGGGAUGGUCUUGGGGAGCAGGAUGAUUUUGCUGGGGUGA